AGGUAGAAGUUGGAUUAGAGAUUGACCACAAAGGUGGUAUGUAUGAAGGAGUAAUUUCAUGGCCUAAAUAUUUAGAGAUGGGAUGUCAAAAACUAAUCAAUUUUACGUAAUAAAGUAUUGGCAAAUUUGUUGGACGGUGCGGAAGAAGAAACUAAAAUCAAUUUAUUAAAAUUUAUUUUUUAUUUUUUAUUUUUUUUAUGUUAUCCUAAUAAAUGGUAGAUAACAUUGAAAAAUAUGUAUGUCGGGACAGGAAGGCUCCCAAUAGGGAAAUGACACGUGGUCCAAUUAAAGUUAUUGAAAUAGUUCAAAUGGUUUGCCCAUGGUCUCACCGCUCGUCACGCUAAUACGAGUGUCUUUGUUCCCAUCGCAGUCAAAACAAAAUCUUUGAUUUCCCGUUCUGCCCCUUUCCUCGUUGUCUGUAAAACCCAUUUUCUCUCUCUAAAACCCCCGUAUACCUUCUCUGGAAGAGUCGGAGUUGUAGGCUUGUGGAUAGUCUCACCGAUCGGAACGUGGAAAAGACGAUAAGAUCCUUUAGGAAUAGUUGGAAUUACUGUUUUCCGGAAUGAACCCGAAGCAAUCGCAGAUGGAGCCGGACCGACCGUCGACGCUGCCGCCGGUGAAGGCGAUCCACGUGCAGCCGUCGUCCCCGCGGUUUCCUUUGUCGUCGUCGAACACGCCCACGGCGGGGGCCAACCGGAGGAUAGCAAUCGCGGUGGACCUGAGCGACGAGAGCGCCUAUGCGGUGAAAUGGGCGGUGCAGCACUACCUGCGUCCCGGUGACGCGGUGAUCCUCCUCCACGUCCGGCCCACGAGCGUCCUCUACGGCGCGGAUUGGGGCUCCAUUGACCUCGCCGUGGACACUGAUAACAGCACCGAGGAGUCCCAGCAGAAGCUCGAGGACGAUUUCGACACUUUCACCACGACCAAAGCCUCCGAUCUGGCGCAGCCGUUGGUCGAGGCUCAGAUCCCCUUCAAGAUCCAUAUAGUCAAAGACCACGACAUGAAGGAGCGGCUCUGCUUGGAGGUUGAGCGGCUGGGGCUCAGCGCCGUGAUUAUGGGGAGCCGAGGGUUCGGAGCAUCCAAGCGAACUAGCAAGGGACGGCUGGGGAGUGUCAGCGAUUACUGUGUGCACCACUGUGUGUGUCCAGUGGUUGUGGUUCGGUAUCCCGAUGAGAAGGACGGUGGUGCCGGUGCUGAAUCCCCCGGCGGUGUGGCGGGCAAGGCGGUAUUAGGGGAGGAGGUGGAACUUCACCCAGUGCCGGAAGAGGAGCAGGAGUACCACGACGCCUCCGAUGAGCAGAAAGAUGAUUAACAAGUGCUUAGCAGAUUGGCAUUGUCCUCAAGUUCAGAAAGCAAGGCGAUGAAAAUGUAAAGGCUGCAGGGGAAGUGAAGAAGUCGUCUCAGAAUGUGAGGGAAUUAAUUCAUGCCUUUUGUAAAAAAAAAAAAAUAGAACAGUGGUGGUGUUGUUUCUUACCAGAUCUCUCUCUUCUAUGUUUCCUUUUGAACUGCCCUUUUCUCGUAUAUGUAGUGUUGGGUUGUAUCCUGUGUUCUUUCAAAAGUUUCUAUAGUGUUGAAGUUCUUUCUCGAGUGGA